CACAAUGAUGAAAUAUUUUCAAGCGAACGUCUCUCAGGCGACAAGCACUAUUUUCAAUUCACUUUUCCAGGAUUUUGCAGUGACAAGUCCGCCAGCACAUAAUUAUAAGGCUUUCCUCGAAAAAGGCCUUGCAAAGGAAGCAGCCGCAAAACGUUGGUGGAACAAACGUAUCCAAGUACAUGUGCCAGGACGGCUGCUUCAAGAUCCCCAUCAACGACACGCGCUUCGACUGGUGCAGCGCGCGAAACACGACGCUGGAAGUGACCGUCACGGUGACGAACAAGGCCCAGAAGAGCACUGCAAGCAGCAUCAGCUACAUGGCACCGUCUUUAGACCUGAAUGCGACUGACAGCGGAGUUUCCGCAUCCUGCGUUCCGGGGGGCUUCGGGCAGGUGGCAGUGACCUUCUCGAGCACCCUGUUCCGGUGGUCGUGGAAGAGGCCCGACUUCUACCGCAUCGUCGUCAUGGAGGGGCAGAGUGACUUGAGCAGGACCUGCAACGUCCGAGAGCUGCCCCUUGACAGGACCAUGAUCAAGGGCGUCGUCACCACCCUUGAGCGCCCCUUCCUGGCGACAGACGCGCGGUGGAAUCCAUUCAAAGGCACGAACUCGACGGAAGUGACGUUCAUCAUCGGCGGCAGCGACAACGUCUGCAACAGCACGGACAGCAGCACUUACGCUGCGCUGUUUUGCAACAGGGCGCUCACGCCGGGCAAAGUGUACACGGUCUUCGUCCAGGCGGUCAUCGCCGUGCCCCACAUGAUCGUCACGGCGCCCCUGGUGGCCGUCACAGUACGCUUCGAUGGCCUCGCAGACGAAGACAAGGAAAAUAUCCUUAGGUAUAUAACGUUCUUGGCGGUUCCGGUGGGAAUCGUUAACUUCAUCCUCUUCGUCAAAUUCUUGAGACAGUGCCAUCGCUACAAGUGCCGACGGCCCGAACGCAGGCCCAACGCGCGCCGCUCCGUGGUCCACUCCCCGGACGCGCCUCUAGAGCACAUAAGCCACAACGACCGCGCGUGGGUGGGCGUGCCGGAGCCGGUCACGGAGCGCCAGUUCCGCCAGCUCUGCGAGGACAUGCCCCAGGACAUCAUGUGCCCCCAGCUGCUGAGGCAGUUCGAGGCCCUGUGCGCCCUCAGCAGCCAGGUGGCCGCGAGCACGCCGAGCAGGGUGGGGAACCUGCCGACCAACGCUUGCAAGAACCGCUACGCCAACAUCAUCCCAUUCGACAAGAACAGAGUUCUCCUUCUCAGCUACGCGCCUAACGACAAUGUUUCCAACUACAUCAACGCGUCUCACAUCGUGGGCUUCUCGGGCUGGCCGGAGUACAUCGCGGCGCAGGGCCCCAAGGACAACACGGUCAAGGACUUCUGGGUCAUGGCCUACGAGCAGAACGUGCGCACCGUCGUCAUGCUCACCAACUUGGUUGAGAACGGCAAGGUUAAGUGCCACCAGUACUACCCAGAGCUGGGAGACCGCUUCACGUGGGGCGACUUGUCUGUGGCGUGCUGCGUGCAGAACGACCUGCUGUUUUACACCCUCAGGACCAUCGUGAUGACCAAGGGCUCGGAGGAGCGGCUGGUCAACCACUUGCACUUCCGCGAGUGGCCCGACUUCGGCUGCCCCGCGUCCCCCAAGCACGUGCUGCAGUUCUGCAUCACGCUGCGCCGCCAGGCCGUGCUGUUCCCCGGCAUGAUUGUGGUGCACUGCAGUGCUGGUGUCGGCAGAACAGGGACCCUCAUAGCCUUGGAUAUACUGCUGCAGUGCCUCAAGGCCAAGAAGAAGAUCGAUGUCUUUGGUGUUGUGCUAAAGCUGCGAGAACAGCGGCCUUGCAUGGUCCAGUGUCAGGAGCAAUAUUGCUUUCUGAUGAAAUGUCUGAGAGUUGCUUUGGACGACCCAAUCAUUCGUAAAUACAAGCCCCCAGCAAAAGGAUCUAAAGGAUCGAAGAAGGCUGCUGAGUUGCAGACCGUUGCCCUUCAAGUGUUCCAGAAGUCAUUUCAGUGCAAGAAGUAGCCGAUACAAUAAUGCAAUGUUCUUUUAAAAAUGUAAUAAAGAAGUGAGUUUAAGAGCUACUUAAAAUCAAA